AUGGCACCCGGCGAGUCGAAAGAUGAGCGCGACGAACGAGUGGCUCGACUUUGGACAACACUGGAUACCCGAAAAGAGGGAGGGAUCGAUCUUCAUGGCUUAAAGAAAGGUCUGAAGAAGGUUGAUCACCCUCUGAAAAAUGCCGACGGGUUGCUUCGCAGCAUUUUGCGCGAAGUUGACACGAACGGCGAUGGCCGUAUAGACUACGAUGAAUUUCAAGCUUUUAUAAACCACACCGAGUGCGGUCUUUGGCAGAUGUUCCAGUCUAUCGAUCGCAAUCAUAACGGCGAAAUCGACAAAACCGAGUUACGAAAUGCGUUUGCUCAGUCCGGGGUAACCGUAUCCAACGCAAAGCUAGACGAAUUUUUCUCCGAGGUCGACAAAAACAACGACGGGGUGAUUUCUUACACGGAGUGGAGAGAUUUCCUCCUCUUCUUGCCUUUACAUUCACCGUCGGAUCUUCGCGCCGUCUUGUCAUAUUACACAGCUACAGGAAAUCUCAACCCGGAAGGAGAUGUCCAUAUAAACGAACUACAGGGCCUAGGUACAGACUGCUCGUUUCCUAACACCUACCUCCUUGCCGUCAAGGCUCUUUUGUACAAUAUUCUCUCCCUGCCUGCCCUGGCCUCACUUCUUCCGUCAGCCGAUGCGCAAUCUGUCCUGCCCGAAGACUCGUCUUUGAGCAUUAGGAAGGAAUUCGCGUCGAUAGACGCUGACAUUGAGCUGGAGUGGUUGCCAAUCCCCAAAACCACCGCCAUGUGGAUGUCUUUCCGCCAUUAUGAACGGAAGUUGACCGAAAAUACCCCCCAAUUAGGCUACUUCGUUGCGGGCGGGAUAGCUGGCGUCGUGUCCAGGACGGCCACCGCACCUCUCGAUCGUCUCAAAGUUUAUCUUAUUGCAAAAACCGGCGUGCAGAAACAAGCUGUUCGGGCAGCAAAGGAUGGAGCUCCCAUAGCUGCGGCGGGGCAGGCCUCUAAAACGCUCUUAGACGCGUUGAAGGAAUUGUGGAGAGCCGGAGGUAUUCGGAGUAUGUUUGCAGGAAAUGGUCUGAAUGUAGUUAAGGUUAUGCCAGAGUCUGCGAUCAAGUUUGGAGCUUACGAGUCCGCGAAACGAACAUUUGCCAGGUUGGAAGGGCAUAAUGAUACCAAACGACUCAGGCCGACAUCACAGUUCUUAUCAGGUGGUAUUGGUGGAAUGGUCGCGCAAUGUUUUGUUUACCCACUUGAUACAUUAAAAUUUCGCAUGCAAUGUAGUACUGUUGAAGGUGGCUUGAGAGGCAACAAGCUUAUUAUCGCCACUGCAAAGAAAGUGUGGAACGCCAACGGACUUUUUGGAUUCUUUCGCGGACUUCCUCUUGGCCUAAUUGGAAUGUUCCCCUAUGCUGCCAUCGAUCUCACAACAUUUGAAUACCUCAAACGAGCUCUCCUUGCUCGACAAGCACGCAUGAACAACUGCCACGAAGAUGAUAUUCCUCUCAAUAACGUUGUCACUGGUGCCAUUGGUGCAACCAGUGGAGGCCUGAGUGCCUCGGUCGUCUACCCCUUGAACGUCCUUCGCACCCGAUUACAAGCCCAAGGAACUGCUCUACACCCCGCUACCUAUACCGGUAUCGGCGACGUCGCACGCAGAACCCUUGCAGCCGAGGGACCUCGAGGGCUCUACAAGGGCCUUACUCCCAACCUCCUCAAAGUCGCACCGGCAGUUUCCAUCAGCUACGUGGUUUACGAGAACUCGAAGCGAUUCCUUGGCUUGAAAUAA